AAAAAGCUCGUCGCUGUUGAGGAUUAAUCAGACCACACGCGACAUUUAACGCUUUAUUAAGGUUUAUAUACGACGAUUAUUUGAUGCGUACGUUUGUUUGUUAUUUGUAAAGCGGAACCCGAGCUCUGGAGUCCAGAGAUCCAGCCGGACGCGUUCAGAGCAGAAUACACUGUAAAUGGUGUGGAGUCAUUUGAAUUAAAACCGCAGGAUUAUGUUCAAAAACACAUUUCAGAGCGGCUUUCUGUCCAUCCUCUACAGCAUCGGCAGCAAACCCCUGCAGAUCUGGGACAAAAAGGUGAGAAACGGACACAUAAAGCGCAUCACAGACAAUGACAUCCAGUCUUUGGUUCUGGAGGUGGAGGGGACGAAUGUGAGCACCACCUACAUCACGUGUCCCGCCGACCCCAAGAAAACCCUCGGCAUCAAACUGCCCUUCCUCGUCAUGAUCAUCAAGAACCUCAAGAAGUACUUCACAUUCGAAAUAUGUGUGAUUGUGUGUUAAAACGUGCGGCGGAGGUUCAGGGCGAGUAACUAUCAGAGCACGACCCGCGUGAAGCCCUUCAUCUGCACGAUGCCCAUGCGGCUGGACGACGGCUGGAAUCAGAUCCAGUUCAACCUGUCAGAUUUCACACGGAGGGCGUACGGCACCAACUACAUCGAGACGCUGAGAGUGCAGGUGAGAGGCUGUGAAGCUGUCAGACUGUGAUUUCUGUACUCUGAGGACGAGCUCCCCGCUGAAUUUAAACUCUAUUUACCAGUACAAAACAAAGCAAAGUGACACAGCAGAUGGGAUUCCUUCAUUUCCUCUCUUUAUUUUAUCUGCACAUGUUCAUAUUGGAUGGAUUCUGGUGGCACUGUCUUUUUGUUGUUUUUCAAGUGUUGUUUUAGAUCUGUGUGAUUGGUUUCCAUCUGCUGAAUAAAUAUUUUAUAUGCACAAAGUGAA